AUGGACACAGACAGGGAAAAGGAACAGUCAUUACAGACAAGUCAAGUUAUGGCCAGAGAUGUUAUCAAGAAGUUACUCAAUAUCACUUACAAUAUAAAUGAUAAGAGAACACUAAAACAUAUUCAGGAGAGUGUGUGUUGUCUGAUUGAUGAGGUUAAACCAGUAGAAUCAGUGCCAUUGCUGCAAUUACCAAAACGUUUAGCUAAGAAGAAGUACAGGAAACGAUUAUCAGAUUUAAGACAGAAGAAUGAACGGAAUGUUCCAAAGGGUAAAGGAAACAUUUUCAAAUCCCCAGUUCCUGAUAUUGUGGAUGAAGACAAUAUGACAGUAGAGGUUGAUGAUUUCUUAACAAUGGAAGAAGACUACCCUGUCUAUAUGGGCGAGUGUGCUAUAUCUGAGGUUGCAGAUGAAAAGUGCAUGGAAUAUCAAGAUUCUGUUAUAGCAAGAGGACUGGUAGAAAAGCUGUGGUCGUUACAGACAGACCUCAAUACACCAGUUGCAAAACCUUAUGGUAUACUAGUGUCAGAUACAGACAUAAGAUCACUUAGAGAUGGUGCAUGGCUAACUGACAAUGUAUGUACUUGA